AUGGACAAAAACCAAAUCCCACAAAUUCUCGGCCAAUGCCAGCGUCUUCUAGAAAAUGGCGGAUCGGAAGAUGAAUAUUCCAAAGCUUUGAGUCUGCUUGGCUCAAUAGUCCAGGCGACAGGUCUGGAUAUGGCAUUUCGUCAACAAAUCGCCCAAGAAGCAGGAAUCUUGGACCAAUGCAUUGAUAUCAUCUCCAACUCGCUUCUGGUUGAUUUUUCCUCUUCGCGUGAAGAAGAGCUAUACGUUCGGCUUUUGCGAGGGCUCAAUCUCUUCACAAGGAACAUUGUGGCGUCUUCUCCGACAGUGGUGGAUUUGCCGCUUCUUUUGCUCAACAUCCAGCAUUUUCUUUCCAAAGUGGACCAGACAAACCCGUUCUUUUUGCGCUGUUUUGUGUCGUACCUAGAGAUUUUGGCGAAUUUGGUGCUUCAGCACGGCGCAGACUUCAAGUGUAAUCUCGCUUUGGUUUCCGACACUUUCAAGCCCGCAGUUUUGGACAUCAUCUCUUGUAAUGACUCGUGUAUGGUCCCGUUUCUUAUAUCUUGCAAGGGGUUCGUGCAGAAGGAAAACGUUGCAGCGCUUUUGAAAGAAGAAUUGCACCAGCCUUUGCUCUCCUUUUUGCUCCAGCGAGCUUUUACGUUCUUAAAUGUGGAAGAAGUUGAUCUCUCAGCAGACGCAGUUUUGGGUAUUUUCGAGAAUAUCUUCUCGAACGAGAGCUGUGAAAAGUGGCUUCUAUCAAUGCAAGAACACGAAGAUUUUGGCAGAAUCCUCAAACUUUCUCAACUUGUCACCACGCAUCGAGAAGAUUGGGACAAUUAUCAAUGUUUGGCUAUCAUGGGCUGGGCUUUUACAUUUCUCAAGAUAUGGGCGGAGUCGGCAAGCGUUCUACUUCUGGCUUCGGAGUAUGACAAAGAUGCAUUGUCAAAUGUUCAUUCUAAACUCGUGGUUGUUCUCGAUAUCAUGGCGGAUCUCGGCAAAUUCCACUCGGCCAAACAGUUUUUGGAGCACUAUAAUGUCUUGGAUACGCUUGUGCCUCUUCUCCGAGCCACACACGAAAACACAAAAGCAAGAACUAUGAAAGACAAAGCGUCUCUGGAUGGAAAGAAGUUUCCGAUGGUAAAAUCGCUCAUCAUUGAAAUCAUGGCGUUUGCGUGCCACAAGUCGUUCAAGUCACAAGAGAAAAUCAGAGAAUUACACGGCCUCGAGGUUGUGUUGUCGAGCUGUAUCAUUGACGAAGAUAAUCCAUACAUAAAAGAGCGUUCGAUCUUGUGCUUGAAGUUUUUGUUGGAAAACAACAAGGCUAAUCAGGACUUUGUGGCCCAGCUUGAGGCGAAAGAAGUUGUGGAUGACACAGCGCUUCACCAGGCUGGAUAUGAAGUGGAAAUGAGCGAUGGAAAAGUCAAACUCAGAAAGCUGGCGGAAACUAAUGAAAGUAACGGAGAGAAAUGA